ACACAAAAAUAGGUCGUACGAAGAAAAGAACAUCUGCAUCAAAUCGUAUAGGCGCAAAGCAUGUCUUGCUUUCUCUUGAACUCAAUGAGGAACAAAGAAACAUUUCAGGCUCUUUAAGUACCCCAAGUGUCUCAAGUAUUCCAAGUGACUCAAGUACUCCAAGUACCUCAAGUAUCGCAAGUAGCCCAAAUGUCUCAAGCGGCCUAAGCAGUUCUCAGAUAGAAUCAAAUAUACAAGUUGCCAAAAACGUAGCUGUAGAUCCUUAUUCAGUUGAACCUCAUUCAGAUGAACCUCAUUUAGACGAACCUCAUUUAGACGAAACCUGCUUAGAUAUAUUAGAUGAUAACGAUAUUUUACCUGAUCCAGAUUUG